AUGGUCAUUCACGAGUUCGAGGAGAUAUCUAUGCCGAAUUCCCCAAUUUCUCUCGCGACGAGCAAGUUCCGCCUUUGUUUUCUUCGACGACCCUCUCGCGAUUCAACGGUCGUCGUCUCCACUCCUUCCGCCCACAUCGCCGUCAUCUCCGUUCCACCUCCGACCACCGACGAUUUUCCACCAGCGGGCCCUUUCCCGACGCGUCCGCUCAACCCACCUCGCGACUGGAAUCGGGAACCCUUGUCCCCUUUUCGUCAAUUGCGACCUCCAACGCCCAGCCACCGCCGUAGACCACCGCCGUCGACUGCUCACCUCCGGCCAGCCAUCUCACGAUUUUCGGUCCACGUCCCUUCGACUACCGUCAACCUUGGUUCCUCCGGCGGCAGCAACAUUGGGCUCUCACUCGCACUCUCUCUCUCGCGCGACCAGAACCCUCGGCCCUUUCUGCAUCCUUCCCGUCUAGCUAUAGGCCCUGGAGGACCUCGUUAG